UCAGCUCUGGUUCAGAAGCAGCACAAGGAAAGACGAAUCAUGAAGACAGCAAUUUGUGCUCUUUUCGCCUUCGUGGCAGUCACUAUUCAUGCUCAGAACAGUGUUGCCCCCGGAAUGACGGCAUCUAGCGUUCCCCUCGGCAACAACGUCAACGGCAUACCCCUCGCACCUGCACAGCAUCCGAGCCCGAUGCCAGGCGCUCUCUUGUCCCAUGCCAGUAAUGUCUUCAAUAACAACCACCCGACGGCUGCCACCAACAAUCACCACGCCAACAACGCUGCCCAGUCCCCCAUGAACUAUCUCCCUUUCAUGAUGGGGGGUGACAACGGGCGCAGGAUGGCCAUGUACAGCAUGAUGAUGAACCCAAGGCAGUCCAACAAUAUGAUGCUCCCUUUCGCCAUGAUGAACGGCGUCGACAACAUGUGGCCCAUGAUGGCUCUCAUGAGCAAUCGCAACCAGAGAGGCGGACGAGGCUUCGACCCUAUGACGAUGAUGUUUCUUGGAAGCGAGAUGAUGUAACCACAACCCUCUGAUUGUCUUAAUUUAUCCAUUUCAUGUCACCUAUUUAUAGAUGUACGAACUAACUGCCCAGCUAUUACCGACCCCUGACAGUUUAGUGUUUCUGAGGACUAAGCAAUAAAGAUGCAUUGACAUGUUACAAUAUCUCUUUGUACCAUUCUCUUUUAUAGAAAGCAGUUUUACUCGUUGGCCAAUGACACUUGACAAUGGUCGCCUUCACGUAAAACCUUGAAAUACACUGAUAUUUUAUGAUUUUUUACAAACAUCAUCAGCAACUUCAAUCAUCGACAAGGCUUUUCAAAUGUACAACUGAAUCAAUAUUAGUUCAUUAGUUCAUCGUUUAGUUACUAGUAUUAACCCCUUCACGUGAUGUGAUUGUCACUUAACUGUUCUUCUCACAGAAGGUACUUAUAUUUCAAGCAGUUGGUAUUGCAAAUGGAAUGAAUAUUCUGAGUGAACCGUGAA